AUAAAUGUCAGAAUUAUAAAUAUAUAACCGCUUCUACAUAGGAACGCAUCACCUGAAAACAGAAAAAGAAAAAUGAAGAACACUGUCUGUCGUUGUUUAGUUGAGAAAGAAAAUCACAGGGCGAAGGCAUACAUCGUGGUGACAUUUUUCCGCGGCGUGGUUAGUCAUGACAAGAUACUGACUAACCUUCCCACAUUUCAAAAGCGGCAAACAGUACGGCAAUCGUAUCAUCUUUCAUUGAAAUUUACUUAUAGAUUUCAUUUACAAACUUCUUAUUUUCUUGUUUAUGCAGUUAUUACUAAUUUCACAUUUCUUUCUUAUUAUAAUUUGAUGCAAAAUUAUUUCAAAUUAUCACAAAUUGAAAACAAACGGCAAUAGCAUGUAGCCAUAAUAUCGCAUAUAUCACGCGUUUUACUUUUUUUUUUCUUGCAACGCAGAUUUUUGCAUCUUACGCCCAGUUCGAUGAGCGCUGAUAUAUGAAUGGGCAGAUGACUAUCAGCAAGAGAGAGGGAAACCGGUCCCUACAAUCCAACACAGUCUGCUACAUCUACACAAAUACGCACGCGUCUACAAGGCGUGUUAAUUAAUGCAUCCGAACGCACUUUGGGGGGAAUUACCGAGGGAUGAGCAGGAGCGAAACAAAUAACGCAGGCACCUGAGGUUACGGGACACGCAGUCACACAAGUCUGCAAACCUCCUUCGUGGAAAGAUGACCCAUUCGAGCAGGAUUCCCCUUUCUCUAAUGCAACCGCGCGGAGCGGCUUACGUCACACAAGUCCGCGGCGAGUAGGGGUGCACGUGUUGUUCCCUGUUACGUGCUCCGCGAAGGCUAUCGAAGGUCAGUUUACAAGAUGACGCCGUUUUCCUUACCGCUUGCUCUCCGUACGUGCGUUUGUUCUUUAUGAGUUCUUUUUUUUUCCGUUCCCCAAGGGUGAAAUGAGGAGAGGGACAUGGGGGGUACCCAGCACUCUUUCUACUAUCAAAGGAACAUUCUCUCCCUCUCGUGAUAUUCUUGAGGUUCGACAUGUCCUCCUCUCUACGCAAGAAAGGUUUUCCAAAAAAUUUGCAACACGCAAUAAAACACGCGCACGACCGUUGCGACGGGCACAUUCGGUUCUCGGCUUGUCUCAUGUCUGCGUGUCGUCUUUGAUCGGAAGCUUCACCCGCGACACCAGCCAUGUUUGCGGCCCUGGGGCAGGACAGGAUAUCCUACCCGAGUUCGUGGAGGGCUGCUGUGUUGAGCACGACUGUGUACAUAUUCCUUUUCGCUGUGUUUGUGAAGUGUCUGCAAUUCAUUGGACAGUGGCUAAGGAUCUACUGGCACCUGAGGAAAUGUCCGCAUCCUAAGGAACGAUGGCCCUUUUCACUCUUACUGGAUAUGUGGCAGGAGAUGCGCCAGAUGGACCCCAGAUUGAAUGUUCCUGCAAAGCUCUUCAACUACUUGAACAUGAUGUUCCAGACUGUCCUCGACCAAGAAGUGACAGUUGUAUAUUAUGGGCCCCAGCCAUUUGUUCUCGGAGUAACGCCCACCACUGUUGAGGCCCUACUGAACAACAGUGAAAACCUGAACAAAUCCUUCCUCUACGGCAUGAUGAAGCCCUGGAUUGGAAACGGCUUGCUGACAAGUGACAAGCACAUUUGGAGGCAGCGGAGGAAGGUGCUCAGCCCGGCGUUCCACUUUCGAACUCUGGACGAGUAUGUGCCCGUGAUGAACCGCAGGUCCCACGACCUGGUUCGAAAGAUGGGAGAAGUCGGAAAGGACUACUUUGACGUACUUCCCGCCAUGCGCCUCGCGGCGUUUGGAAUCUUAUUCGAAACCGCCAUGGGAAUCCAGCUUGAAGAAGAGAAAGUGGGGCAGACGGGAUUUCUGAGUGUGAAUGACGAUGUCUCAACUCGUAUCAUGACACGGAUGCUGAAUCCGCUCCAAUGGUUCAACACUGUGUAUAACAACACUGAGGAUGGGAAGAUAUUCUUCGACCAAGUGAAGCUCAUCAAAGAGUACACGAUGAACAUACUAAAGACAAGAAAGGCAACUUACAAAGUGGGCAUGGCCGAAGAGGACAGAAAGAAAAGCUUCAUGGACAUUCUUCUUCGCAUGCAUAUGGAGGAAGGAAUAUUCACUGAGGAUGAAAUCCGUGAAGAAGUAAACACCUUCAUGAUUGGGGGAUUCGAUACAACAGCAACAGCGGCUGCAUUCGCUUUACAUCUGCUGGGAAACAACCCAGACAUUCAAGGCAGGGUACACGAAGAAAUUGACGCCGUAUUUGGCAACGACAGGGAGCGCACCGUUACGGUUGAAGACAUCAAGAAGCUCAAGUAUCUGGAAUGUGUUAUCAAGGAAACACUUCGGUUGUACCCGCCUAUUCCGUUGCUUGCUCGCAACAUCGACAAGGACGUCACCGUCGGUCAAUACACCAUACCCAAAGGCACAGUAGCACUGGUGGGUCUCUAUUUUCUGCAUCGGCAUCCCAGGUUCUACGACAAACCGAACGAUUUUGUGCCUGAGAGGUUCUUGAGCACCAGCGAAAAGAACCCCUUCGUCUACGUGCCUUUCUCCGGCGGCGCCAGGAACUGCAUUGGUCAGAAAUUCGCGCAACUCGAAGACAAGAUUCUCCUGGCCCAGAUCCUCAGGAACUUCAAGGUCGAAUCCAAACUCGCCUCGAACGAUCUGCAGAUGUCGUUGGAGCUUGUCCUUCGACCAACUCAGGGAUUGGAAAUCAAACUCACACCGAGGAGUUCAUGAAGAUCCGUGUAAAAAAGAACUUACGGCUUUGCGCAAGCCGAUGUACAUACGCUCUGUGAUAUUUUGUGUUAUUUAUUUAAAUUAAUAAAGGUCAAAUGAAAUGC